CUUUCCUAUUGGUCUACGGUAACUGUUGUAAGAUGGCGCCCAGCGAAAUAUGAGUGUUUGAGAAGAAGAAAAAAUACAGCUAGCCAUCUAAGAAAAAAACACGAAAAACAGAACAUAAACAGAAAGCAGACAAACGUCGGUACCACCUGACUUCGCUGCUUGUAGAAGAGAAGCUUCGUUUCAAGGGCAGAGAAGCGCUUGUAGGCUGCCCGCAGCUCGGCCCGGUUGAGGAAGAGAGGUUUUCUACAAAAAGAAGACACCAUUAAAAAGUAAUGAAUAAUUCCUUGGAUGGCACAGGCUCCUAUGAGGAGCUGGUGAGGCAGAAGGCUCGAAGCAUCCCACAGCAUCGCAUGAAGGAGUUUCUGGAGUCCUUAGCCAGUAAGGGUCCUGAUGCUCUUCAGGAGUUCAGUCAGCAAAGUGGAGAUGCUACCACCACCACUACUACAAUGGUCUAUCAGCAAGAGGCUAACUGUAUUUACACAGAUAGCACAGAGGUGGCAGGGUCGCUCCUGGAACUCGCUUGCCCAGUUCAGGUACAAGUCCAGCCACAGCAGCAACAGAUACAGGAGUCUACAUCUCAGCAGCAAACUGUUCAGCAGAAUUCAGAGCAACAGAUAGUGCAGGUGCAGAUUCAAGGCCAACAGCAAGGUCAGAUGCUGGGCCAGGUCCUUCAAGUACCCUCUGGUUCCCAUCAACAGCUUCAAGGUGUGACUACAGCACAGCUAAUUCAGCCAGGGGAUCUCACAGAGGAACAGCACCAACAGCUGCAAGCUCAGUUGGUCGCAGCUGUUGCAGGCGGGCAGCAAAUCCAAAUCCAGACAGUGGGAGCACUUUCUCCAACCCAGCAGCAGGACAGUGCUGAGAGGAGGGUGUUGGGAACCACAGUUGCCACAUCCCAAGGAGCAGGUGUCCUACAGCCAGCCAAGAAGCGAAAGGUGGACAUGCCAAUCACAGUGUCUUAUGCCCUACCAGGUCAGCAAGUAGCCACAGUCCUAGCCAUCCCUCAGGGUCAGGGACAGCAGCAGAGUUAUGUGUCUCUGCGACCAGACCUUCUAACUGUGGACAGUUCCCACCUGUACAGUGCUACAGGAACCAUCACCAGUCCCACUGGGGAGACCUGGACCAUCCCUGUCUAUUCAGCUCCUGCUGGAUCUGGAGGCCGAGAGCAGGUCACACAUAUUGCCAUUCCACAGGAGGCGUACGGAACAGUACAGGUUGCAGGGGCAAACACUACAACAAUGACCACAAUGCCAACACAAGUUACGGUUGAAAAUGACAAGCUGAAAAUCCCUGCCAGUCAGAGUCAGACAGCACAGGCAGUUUCCAGCAUAACCAACUCUGUUGGAAUGGGGGGACAGGAAGAAGUGGUGCACACACUGGCUGCAAACACACUGUUUCCUGCCCAGCUGAUGAAUGGAAACAUCCACAUCCCAGUAGCAGUGCAGGGCUACUCCAAUGCUACACAGUCCCUUAUCUGGGACCCUCAGCAGCAAGUUCUGCACACACAGGGGCUGUCAGGGCAGGAUACACAGCAACUGCAGGGCCAGACAGUGACCGUGGCAGAGGUUGAUGGCCAAGGUCAGCAGCAGGUGCAGGUGCAGGAGCUGCUGCUGCCAGCAACACUGAAGCCAGAUGAAGGGUUGGAUGUCUGGCGGCUAUGGGCUCAGCGGAAAAAUGCAGAGUUAGAAAAAUCAGAUAAAAAUAAACUAGCUCCUAUUGGCCGUCGCCAAGCAUUGCGAUUCCAGGAGGAUUUGGUGUCAUGUGCAGUGGCUGAGCUCUGCAUGGGCCUGUCUUUGAUGACAACAGAAGCCCGUGGCCUCGAAGGGGAGUCUUAUGAGGCUGAUGUUCUCUAUUAUGUUUUUCUGUGCAUACAAAAAUAUCUCUUUGAUAAUGGUCGUGUGGAUGACGUCUUCUCAGAUCAGUACUACACUCGGUUUGCUCAGAGUCUCCAUCAGAUCCUCGAGCCUUGGAGACCAUCUGUUCAUCCACUAGGUUAUGUUAUCCCCAGUCAUGUGACAGAGGAGAUGCUGUGGGAAUGUAAACAGCUGGGUGCUCAUUCACCCUCAACACUGCUCACAACUCUAAUGUUCUUCAACACCAAGUAUUUCCACCUCAAGACAGUGGAUCAGCACCUAAAAGUGGCCUUUUCUAAGGUGCUGAGACACACAAGAAAGAGUCCUAACAACCCCAAAGAUAAGAGCACCAGCAUCCGAUACCUGAAGUCAACAGAGAGGUUCAUAGGGCAGAAAGUGACAGAUGACAUGUAUUCAGAGCAGCUGGAGGACCCAGAGAACCCGCUGCGAUGCCCCAUCAAGCUCUACGAUUUCUACCUCUUUAAGUGUCCACAGAGUGCGAAAGGUCGCAACGACACUUUCUACCUGACUCCUGAGCCUGUGGUGGCUCCGAACAGUCCCAUCUGGUACUCCACUCAGCCAAUCCCAAAAGAACAGCUGGAGCAGAUGCUCGCCCGCAUCCUCGUUGUCCGUGAAAUCCAAGAAGCCAUUAACAUGUCAGAGAGUGUGCACUAGUUGGACUGGAGGAGAAUGAUCAAUGGACUAGACUCCUCCUCUUUCUCUUCACCCAGCCUUUGAUUGCUCAUUAUCUGUAGUUUUUCUAUUCUCUUCCUUUUGUGGUCUUUAAGGGUGGCAUGUACAUGUUUAUACUCAUAUGUCUGCAUAUACACUCGGACUGUACAUACACAUAAAAUAAGUACAGGUAAUCUGUCUUACUGAGGCAAUCUCUUAAUCUUACCACAUUUUUGUUUGGCCAAAGGAUGUAGUGUCUAAACUUUUUAUUGGACCCGAACUCUAAUUUAAAUGUUAUUUUAGAUAUUGGUUCUCCUACCAAUAGUCUGAAACACUUGUUCAUUUUCUUUACUGUUAUGUUUUAAUGUGUAAUAUAUUUCAUAUAUAUUUUCUCUGGGGUUGGCCUGCGCUAUGCUGCUUUUCAUAUUCAUCCCUCUAUGUUCCCUUACCUGCCUUGGUUGCUGUUUUGUCUUGCAGUAAAUACCUUAACGGUAUCCAGACUGCAUUAAGUAGCCAGAUAGAGGCUGAGCGCUCAUGUUGUGGGAAAUUCUCUGUUCCUUGUGUUUCACUUGUAUCAGUUUCGGGCUGAAUUCACAUGUGAAAACACUAAACUCUGGAGAUGACUUGCUUAGUGUAUGCUGUUUGGGCUGCAGUGCCUCCAGCAAAGCAGCAUCGAAUCUCAUCAGGACUUUACUCUGGACUUCAAUGCAAUACAGCGUCACCACUUGACCUGCAGCUACAAACACCUGCCACAAGGUGGAGACCUGGUGGAGAGAGGGCAAAGAAUGCGGACUGCUGCUGGAUCCUCCUUUGUCUUCAGUGUAUCACCAACCCCAAAACUUACCCAAGGAGGGAUCUGUUGUAUCAUACAUGUUUAUUACAUGACGAUGAAAGACUAAAAAGUGGGUUAACCCUUAAUGUUCUAUAAUGUAUAAUACUCAUAGCUCCUUCAUGUACUGUAAUGGGUUUCAGUCAUCUAAGGAGAAUGGCAGUGCCUGUGUGUUUUUGAAACAUGACCUUUUUUGUACAGCCACUAAUACCAUGUGUCUGCCUUUCUAGCAAGUCUCGUAUUGAUUCUACACAUGCAUCCUUAAAGUAACGAUAGCCUGCAUUGUGUCAUAUAAGUGAUGCACAAAGAUUUUUCAAAAAGAGAAAUAAAAGUCAUCUCACAAUGUCA